AUGACCGAGUGGUGGUCUGAACUGUUCAACAUAGUAAAUACUGAAGUGCUUAUCAAGUUUCUACGCGACAUAAACUUGCUUGACGAAAGUGACUUACAGAUUCUUAUCAUCGAAAAGAUUAACGGAUUGGAUUUUAUAAGCUUUUCAAGACAAGAUUUUCAUCUUUGUGGGUUGAAAUGGGGACCAGCAAUAAGACUUAUAAGAGCCGCUUGGGAAAUCAGGUGCAAGAAUUGGAAUUUGUUACCACCCAAUACACGUACCGUAUUAAGCACUCUUUCCAAGAGUCUUGAUCUACCUCCUGUUACAGAAUAG